AUGUGGGCCCUGGGAGUAGAAGGUCUGAAAACCUCUAGAAGUAAAUUCCAGCUCAAGACAAUAGAAACUCUCUUGGGGAACUCAGCUAAAGUUAGGGAGGUUAUUGUUCUUGGGAUGAUAACCCAGCUGAAAGAGGGAAAGUUUUUCUUGGAAGAUCCUACAGGAGUUGUCCAGCUGGACCUUAGUAAAGCACAGUUCCACAGUGGCUUAUAUACAGAGUCAUGUUUUGUUUUAACAGAAGGCUGGUAUGAAGAUGAGAUAUUUCAUGUCAAUGCUUUUGGAUUUCCCCCUACAGAACCUUCUAUUACAACUAGGGCAUAUUAUGGAAACACGAACUUCUUUGGAGGGCCUUCUUCAACCUCCGUAAAAUCUUCUGCGAAACUGAAACAGCUGGAGGAAGAAAAUGAGGAUGCCAUGUUUGUGUUCCUUUCAGAUGCUUGGCUGGAUCAAGCAGAAGUUUUGGAGAAGCUUCGCAUUAUGUUUUCAGGUUACUCCUCCAUGCCUCCAACUUGCUUCUUCUUCUGUGGGAACUUUUCCUCUGCUCCAUAUGGAAAAAAUCAAAUUCAGUCACUGAAAGGUUCAUUGAAAGCCCUUGCAGACAUAAUAUGCGAAUAUCCCAGUAUCCAUAAGAGCAGUCGAUUUGUAUUUGUUCCCGGCUCUGAAGAUCCUGGCCCAGGCUCCAUUUUGCCAAGGCCACCGCUUACUGAAAACAUUACAGAGGAGUUCCGACAGCAGGUGCCAUUUUCAGUCUUCACUACAAAUCCUUGCAGGGUCCAGUACUGCACUCAGGAAAUAAUAAUCUUCAGAGAAGACUUGGUAAACAAGAUGUGCCGGAAUUGUGUCCGAUUUCCUAGUAGCAGUUUGGAUAUUCCUAAUCAUUUUGUAAAGACAAUUUUAUCACAAGGGCAUCUGACUCCAUUGCCCCUUAAUGUUAGCCCUGUCUACUGGGCCUAUGACUACACCUUGAGAACAUACCCUCUGCCAGAUCUCAUUGUCUUUGCCGACAAAUAUGACCCGUUCACCGUGACCAACACCGAUUGCCUCUGCAUAAAUCCUGGAUCUUUCCCAAGAAGUGGCUUUUCAUUCAAAGUAUUCUACCCCUCUAACAAAACAGUAGAGGACAGCAAACUCCAGGGUCUUUGACUCUCAGUCAUGAACAGCAAAUCAAAUAUUCUGAGCUUAAUACUAUGGAAGCACUACUU